AUGGUGUCUCAAUAUGUCUAUGAUCUUUGCCAUGCGGGCGCCACGGUGAGCUCCGAGUUGGCAAAGAACCCGAGUGACACACCCGAAAAGAUUAUUGAACGGCUCUACGGAAGUCAAAAGCCCCAUACUCCGCGCCAUCCAUCCUCCAGUUCUAGUGACAACGGCGACAAAGAAGAUGCCUCUCGCGAUGCGCUACAGAGGGCAUAUGAGUGCGGGCAGUGGCCCCGAGACAAGCCCAGCCGCCUGUUUCUGCGGGCAUUUGCAGAUUCGCUCGCUUGUCUAGAUGCAAAUCCACUUGCGGGGAUGGUGUCUCCGCCGCUGAUGGGAUCCUCUGGUGUUGUGCCCCUGACAAUCAUUGCGCCAUUGGUCAGUCUUAUGCAUCACUGUGCGAACCUCAUCCGAAAAGCUAGGAAAGAGGUGUUCUUCAUCACUUGCACCUGGAAAGCGUCCAUUGCCCAGCGCUUGAUUAGAGAUGCAUUGGUCGACCUGUCAAAGCGGGCUGGUCAGAGAGGAGAGCGAGUGAUGGUGAGGAUAAUGUUUGACCAGCCCGGAGUCUGGCAUGCGCUUGACAGCCAUCAGUUCGUGAAAUCCUCGACGUAUGACUCAAAGCAUGUUCAAUUACCGUUUCCCCAUGAGAUUCCUAACCUGGAGCUCGAGGUGAUUGGACUUCACACCAUAUUCCUGGGAACCCUGCACUCCAAGGUGCUGAUUGUGGAUGGCGUAACCGCCGCGGUCAUGAGCAACAACGUGGAAGACAAUGCAAACGUUGAAAUGCUGACGCAUCUCGAGGGACCCAUCGUUGCCAGCAUCUACGACACUGCACUUAUCACGUGGCAGAAGAACUUGAAAGAACGGCCAUCCACCGUUGGGCAAGCUCAGACCACUGACAAGGCCGUCGAGGCGGGUGCCACUCGUCCCGAAGCCCUGGAGGAUCCCCAUUACGACAGCGACCUGAAGGAGGAAAUGGCAUACGCCAACCAGGGCUACGACGCUACGGAGAAGGUGAGCCGCCUUGAAGCGGUCAAUCACCAGCUCAAUUUGCCCAUCAAAAAUCACAUCCAGGCCACCGGCCCUGAGAUUUCUGAUGGAAAGGAGAUGACGCCCUAUUUCUCGAGCAUGACAUCACAACCGGUUCCCAUGGCCCUGGUCUCAAGGCCGGCUUACGGGCCUUUGGAUGCUGGAAACACGUAUGUGCCACAGAAUGAAGCAUGGCUAUCACUUGUGAGAAACGCCAAGAGGAACAUCUUCAUUCAAACACCAGACCUCAAUGCCGACUCUCUGUUGAAAGCCCUGGCUGAGGCCGUGAAGCGAGGCGUGGAGGUCACGUAUUACGUGUGUUUUGGGUACAACGAUGCGGGCGAGAUGAUACCGGGUCAAGGCGGGACCAACGAGCAAGCGGCCAGGAGACUCAUUGCAUUGCUUGAUGGCGACGAGCAAGCGCUCCAGCUGCUUCAUAUCUAUAACUACGUCGCAAAGGAUCAGGACCACCCUAUACAUCACUCCUUCAAGUCUCGCUCUUGCCACAUCAAGCUCAUGAUUGCCGACGAAACAGUGGGAAUCCAAGGAAGCGGCAAUCAAGACACACAAUCGUGGUGCCACAGCCAGGAGGUCAACGUCAUGGUCGAUAGUCCCGAGGUGUGCGCACAGUGGAGGUGGGGGAUCGAGCAGAAUCAGAACACGCGUGCCUUUGGUAGAGUAUCUGCUGAUGGUGUCUGGAAAGAUGCAAAUGGGAUCCAUGGGCAGGGCUACUCUGGCGAUCCGGGUAUGGUGGACGGACUGGUGCGAGGCGUUGUUGGUAUGGUAAAGAAGGCGAUGGCUUAG